UUUAAGCUGUGGUUUGAAGUUUGAAGUUUGUGGUUUGAAGCCUGUUCCUGAUUUAUCAUUUUAUGGUGAUUUUAUGAAAAUAUUGUGGAAAAUAUCAAAAUUGAAAGCUAGAUUGGAAGAUACUUCAUUCACAAAUCUAGAAAUGGAUAAUUUGAAAAUAUAGAAAAUAUGUUAAAAUAACUGAGAUAAUUACCGGUAUUUACCUAAUUAAUAAUAUAUUCAUGGUACUUUAAUUAUUGAAAAUCAAAAUGAAAUUAAAAAGAGCUGUUGUUAUCUUUGGAUCUUUAAUUAUUUUAGUAAUUAUAUUUACUAUUUAUUCUGCUAAAGAUUUAACAUUAUCAGUAAGGAAAACUACAAUCACUCAAGAACUAAAAGAUAAUCAAUGGUUACAUUUUGAAGAUAGAAUAAAACAGCUUGAAGAUGAUCUCAGCCGACAUCACAAUGCUGUAGCUGAAAUUAAAAUUGCAAUGCAAAAUAUGCUUAGUUCAAGUACAAAUUCCAUUCCAUAUAGAAAAGCAAAUCCAGUUCAAAUUCAAACAAAACUAAAUAUAAAUAAUAUGAUUUAUAAGUCUUCCUGUCCUUUUCAUCUCAGUUUUAAGCCAAGAACGAAUGUUCAAAUGUUGGACAUGUAUAAAAUUUUAACAUUUGAUAAUCCAGAUGGAGGUGCCUGGAAACAAGGAUGGAGAAUUGAGGUUGAUGAAAAAGAUUGGAACAGACAUAACAAACUUAAAGUAUUUGUUGUGCCGCACUCGCACAAUGAUCCAGGCUGGACAAAAACUUUGGACGAAUAUUAUAUUACUCAAACAAAACAUAUUUUGGAUAAUAUGUUGGUCAAACUUCCUGAUGAUCCCAGAAGAAAAUUUAUUUGGGCAGAGAUUUCUUAUUUUUCUAUGUGGUGGGAGGAACUUGAAUCUGAUCAAAAAGAAUUAGUGAAAAAAUUACUACAUAACAAUCAGUUGGAAAUUGUAACAGGAGGGUGGGUCAUGAAUGAUGAAGCAAAUUCACAUUUUAUCUCAAUCGUUCAUCAAUUAACAGAAGGGCAUCAAUGGUUGGCUCAAAAUUUAAAUUAUACUCCGGUCAGCCAUUGGUCAAUUGACCCUUUUGGUAUGGGUUUAACACAACCAGCAAUUUUAAAGUACAGUGGCUUAUCUAAUAUGUUAAUUCAAAGGGUGCACUAUUCUGUAAAGAAAGAACUUGCAAAAACUAAACAGUUGGAGUUUAGAUGGAGACAAUUGUGGGAUGAUUCUGGAGAUACUGACAUGUUUUGUCAUAUGAUGCCAUUUUAUGGAUAUGAUAUACCUCAUACUUGUGGGCCAGACCCUAAAGUAUGUUGUCAAUUUGACUUUAAGAGACUACCCAACCACGGGCUUCAUUGUCCAUGGAAGGUACCACCAGUACCUAUUACAGACAAAAAUGUAGCUGCUAGAGCGGAAAUGCUAUUAGACCAAUAUAGAAAAAAAUCAAAACUUUAUAAGACAAAUGUUGUAAUGGCACCAUUAGGAGAUGACUUUAGAUAUGAUCAUCCAACAGAAUGGGAUGUCCAGUAUACAAAUUAUCAAAAAUUAUUUGACUAUAUGAACAGGAAUUUGAAAUUAAAUGUUCAGGCACAAUUUGGUACAUUAACAGACUAUUUUAAAGAAUUGAGGAAAAGCAAAGAUAUAUCAGAGUUCCCUUCAUUAUCAGGGGACUUCUUUACUUAUGCUGAUAGAGAUGAUCAUUACUGGAGUGGGUAUUAUACUUCAAGGCCAUUUUAUAAACGUAUGGAUAGAGUUCUUUUAAGUUACAUAAGAGCUGCAGAAACAUUGCAUGCGUUAACUUAUCAUAGUGGAAAAUCUGGUACAGAUUGGAUAGUUGACAAAGUUAUUGGCUUAGAACACUUAUUAAUUAAUGCAAGACAAAGUUUGUCAUUAUUUCAACAUCAUGAUGGUAUUACUGGUACAGCCAAAGAUCAUGUUGUUAUUGACUAUGGCAAAAGACUAUUAGAUUCCAUUCAUAACUGUCAAAGAGUUAUACAGCUCUGUACUAAUAUCCUUCUUGAAGGAACUGGCUCACAAGGACCAUAUGAACAAGAUGUAAAUUAUUAUAGCUUUGAAGAUGUUUGGCAUUCUCAUAACAGUUUGCCAGAAAGAUUGCAAAUCACAAUUGGAGUUCCUGAUUUGCCUACAAAGAAAAUUGUUAUUUAUAAUUCUCUGGCUUUUGCUAGACAUGAAGUUGUAACUUUCCAUAUAAAUAUACCUUUUAUUAAAGUGUUUGACUUUAGAGGGAAAAUAGUUCCUUCCCAAAUAUCACCCAUAUUUGAAUAUGGAUCAUCUAUGUCACAAACGAAAUAUGAACUUGCCUUUGUGGCAAAUAUUCCAGCUUUUGGUACAGUUAGCUAUACUGUCACUGCAGUUUAUGAAGAAAAUAAACCAAAGGAAACCGUAUUUCCGCUUGUUAAAAUAUUUAAUCAGUAUGGCGAUGUAAAAAUCCCUAAAGGUUUCAAAGUAGAUGUUUCACCAAGUGCCAGUGAAUUUAGUUUUCAGAAUGGAAGAGUGGCUGCAUCCUUCAAUAAUUUAGGUCUUUUAAAGGCCAUCAAAACAGGCAGCACUACUGUACCAGUCCAUUUAGAUUUUGCUAAAUAUGGGGUUGCUUUUCGACAAAACUCUGAUAGAAGCGGUGCUUACCUGUUUUUACCAGAUGGCCAAGCAAUAGAAAUAAAAGCUGAAAAUACCAUUGUAAAUGUUAUUGAAGGUCCCAUUAUGUCAUCUGUUACUGUUCAGUUGCCUCAUGUAAAACACAAAGCUAUUUUGUACAACACCCCAGGUGCAGAUGGAUUAGGUAUUGAAAUUGAGAACACUGUGGAUAUUCAAAAAACUAAUAAUUUCGAAAUAGUCAUGAGAUUAUCCACAAAUAUUAACAAUACUGACGAAUUUUUUACUGACGCCAAUGGUUAUCAAAUGUUAAGACGAAAACGGUUUAAGAAGCUUCCCUUACAAGCCAACUAUUAUCCGAUGCCGACCAAGGCUUACAUUGAAGAUAAAACGACGCGACUAUCAAUAUUAACAAGUACGCCACUGGGUUGUAGUUCGCUAAAUGAAGGAAAAAUUGAAGUUAUGUUAGAUAGGCGACUAAGCCAAGAUGACAAUUUGGGUUUAGGACAGGGCGUUCUCGACAAUCAUCCCACCAAGCACAUAUUUAGAAUUUUAAUCGAAAAGAAGACUGAAUCUUGCCAGGCAACAGUUAGCGAUCAUCCAGCAGGAUUUCCCACGGUAUCUGCAGGUGUAGCUUCAGAAUCUCUGCUUAAUCCGCUAGUUAAAAUGCUCAAAACCCAAGACGAUGAAGAGAACAAAGCUGAGGUGUUUGCUCCUUCAUUUGAAUUAGGCGUUGAUCUUUCAAUACCCACAUUUAAGACAAAUUUGUUCAUAAAGGAAGCUUACCACACGGGACUAGUUAUACACCGCCAAUUUUUGGACACUUGUUUCUUGGAUAAAGUUUUGAUAAAGCAGUUCCAGUUGAGCGACGGAAAACUGAAUUUAAAAGCAUUAUUUCCUAACAGCGACGGUAAAAGCCUUUACAAAGCUUCUUUGUCUUUUCUAAAAACAGAAAAACUUCUUGAUAUUAACGAUGAUAUUGAAUUAUGUCCUAUGGACAUGAAGGCAUUUUAUAUUUAAAUUUAAGGUGGCACAAUUUAGUCAGUAACAUGAUUUCUUGAAUGUUGAUUUUCUCUAAAAUUAAUAGAUUAUUAUACUGUGAUAUCAAAAUAAUCUCAAAUAUAUAAAUGUUUAUGAUCUGUUACCACUUGAAUCUCGCGAACCAAAGAAACAAAUCAUGCAAAAUUUUCCGAUCUUAGAUAUUAUACAAAAAAAACUAGAUAGAGGAUAUAGUUAUAUCUAAAGUAAAAUGGGAACGGGAUAAUUAUUAGUUUAAUCCACUGAUAGGUAUAUCUUACUUGGCAAAGAUUCAAUAUUUUAAAAAAAAUAGGAAUAAUAUACACAACAAUACACACUUAAUAUUUUAGUCUAGCUAUUCACAGAUAUUUUAAUCCUUUUUUAUUUGCCUUUAGCCAUAACAGUCAUAAGAAUAUUAAAUUAAAAAAAGUGCAUUUUAUUUGCUAAAAGUUUUGCCCCUAAACCAUAUUUGAUUGUCUUUAUUCCAUAUUCCAUGUAUUAAUGAUAUUAUUUUGUAACAGUUUGUGCACUUUUGUUGAUGUCCAAUAUUUAUUUAACUUUACUACCUGCGUUGUGAUUAUGUGAUAAUUUUAUUUUUAACCUUUUAAUGCUGGUAUAGUGUAGCUGUAUCUUAUGCUGGUAUUAUUAUUCAUUUUGAAAUGCAAAAUAAAUCUUGAAUGAACAUGUAUUAUGUGUAAUGAGUAAAAUAUAUAACAUUUUUUUAAAUUAAAAAAGGUAGUAGAACUAAUUUAUAUGGCACAAAUAUUUAUUAUAAUGCUCAUUUUAUAUCUAGUUGCUACAUGAUAUUAUUUAAAAUUUAAAGCACUUAAAACAUGUAUAUACUGAACUAAUUUUUGAAUUAUAUUUAAACCAUAUUUAGUCAGAUUUACAAACUACUUGUAAUUUUAAAUUUGAGACUAAUAAUUCCAUAGAAAUUCCUAAAAUAAAAUACAUUGAA